UGUGACGUGGCUGGGUGCUAGAGAGGUGACAGUUGCCGUGUGCGAAGCCUCCGCCUCUUUCUCUUGGGCUGCGGGCGGAGACACAGCAUCGUGCCGAUCUGUAACAAUAUACCCGAAGUCAAGAAUGUUUUCCAAACUAGCCCACUCACAAACCUUUGCUGUUCUGCGUCGUGGUGUUCAUGCUUCAGUGAGUGCUUCUACAUCAGUUGCAACUAAAAAAAAGAUCCAGGGACCUCAAUCCUCUGAGGACAUAUUUGAACGUGAAGCUAAAUAUGGUGCACACAACUAUCAUCCCCUACCUGUUGCUCUAGAAAAAGGAAGAGGUAUUUAUAUGUGGGAUGUAGAAGGCAGAAAAUAUUUUGAUUUCUUGAGUGCUUACAGUGCUGUGAAUCAAGGUCACUGUCAUCCAAAGAUUGUGGAAUCUCUGAAAUCUCAAGCUGAGAAACUGACCCUUACCUCUAGGGCAUUCUACAAUGAUAUACUUGGUGAAUAUGAAGAGUAUAUCACCAAAAUGUUCAACUACAGCAAAGUUCUUCCAAUGAACACAGGUGUGGAAGCUGGAGAAACUGCCUGUAAACUGGCUCGCAAAUGGGCAUAUACCGUGAAGGGAAUUCCAAAAUACAAAGCGAAGAUUAUUUUUGCAGCUGGGAACUUCUGGGGUAGAACAAUGUCUGCCAUCUCUAGCUCUACAGAUCCAACUAGUUAUGAUGGGUUUGGACCAUUUAUGCCAGGUUUUGAAGUAAUUCCGUACAAUGACCUUCCAGCUCUUGAGCGUGCACUUCAGGAUCCAAAUGUAGCAGCUUUCAUGGUUGAACCAAUUCAAGGUGAAGCAGGUGUGGUUGUCCCUGAUGAAGGUUAUCUAACAGGAGUGCGAGAGCUCUGCACAAAACACAAUGUUCUGUUUAUUGCUGAUGAAAUACAGACUGGCUUAGCUAGAACUGGAAAAAUGCUGGCUGUUGACCAUGAAAAUGUGAGACCUGACCUGGUGCUCCUUGGAAAGGCCCUUUCUGGUGGCGUAUAUCCUGUAUCAGCAGUACUGUGUGAUGAUGAAAUUAUGCUGACCAUUAAGCCAGGUGAACAUGGAUCUACAUAUGGAGGAAAUCCAUUAGCCUGCCGUGUGGCUAUGGCAGCACUUGAGGUGAUUGAAGAAGAAAGCUUAAGUGAAAAUGCAGAAGCAAUGGGCAACCUAUUAAGAAGUGAGCUCAUGAAGACUCCAUCAGACAUUGUGACCAAUGUAAGAGGAAAAGGAUUACUAAAUGCUAUUGUUAUCCGUGAAACUAAAGACUAUGAUGCCUGGAAAGUGUGUCUGCGGCUUCGUGAUAAUGGACUUCUCGCCAAACCCACGCAUGGUGACAUCAUCAGGCUGGCACCCCCGCUUGUGAUCAAGGAGGAUGAAAUCAGAGAGUGCAUUGAAAUCAUUCAUAAAACCAUUCUGUCUUUCUGAAGACAUGUUGUUUCAGCACAUCAUCUUGGGUCAACUAGCAGAUGCAGUUGAAAGAUGUGCGAUAAAGAUCCCACUCUCAAAGCAAACAUCCACUCCUGUAUAUCUUAAAGGACUUAUACUUCUAAAACUUAGUUAUGUUUAGGUAUUUAAAUUAUAAUGGAUUGGAAGAAGGUAAAUCAUGACUCUGAAGUUUCCUAUCUCUUGUGACUAUUUGCAAAUGAAGAAGUGAAGCUAUAUUCAACCAAUUAUGUACUGUAUGCUUUAAGUUAAACGUCUUGACAGGAGCUUGUAUGUAGACAUCUGUUAAAUUGCUGAAGGUCUCAGCCAAAGUUGAAUGUGUAAUUUACACAUAUUUUAAUAAUAAACAUUACCCUUUCGUAUAACUGCACAAAGGUUUGUAUUUGGCAUUUUAUCUCACUUGGUGCUGUACAUGUAGGGCUGAAUCUCUUGCUGUGGACACUACUGGUUGUCACGCCAAGAAAUCCUGGCUCCCAUCCUCAAAGCAUCAAGAACGGCACACUUUUUUUGUUCUUCUUUUGCAAUUUAAAAAGGCAUCUAACUGUAAAGGUUUGAUAAACUGGAUGUUCUACUGGUAAAUGUGUCACGGACCAGCUUAUACUCUGUAUGUAAAAUCUCUUGAAUGUAUGACAAUAAUAGUAAUUGUUUUCAAGAACGUGAUCUCAGUGUUCUGUUUUACAGAUUGUGAAACUAAUCAGUGUACAGAUCUUGGUUUGCCAUUCUAAAACUGUUAUCCUUCUAUAAUUUGAUGUUUAUUUACAUUACAAUAAAUACAUCUUGUAUUAAGAAAUGUCCAUGUUCAAUUAAAACUGUCAAUGCAAUAAAAAAGGAUUAGCCUAACUUGAA